UUCUAAUAACUCAAAAUGAAGGUCAAACGAGUCAAAGGGGCCAAGAAAAUGAUCAAUUUUUACAAGAAUUCYUUCGGAAUAUUUGAGCCAUUUCAAGUGCUGAUUGAUGUUACGUUCUGCCAGGCUGCUAUCCUUGGGAAAGUACUGCUGAAAGAACAAAUACCAAAAUACUUCGACGCCAAAGUUCAACUGGUUACAACAGCCUGUAUCUUAGAAGAAGGAAAGUCCCUUGGACCAUCACUUAGUGGUGCUGUUUCUAUAGCAAAGAGAUUUCAAGUUAGAGUAUGUGGACACAAAAAAAAUCCAGUCCCAGCCACAGAGUGUAUCAAACAUCUAAUAGGAACAAACAAUCCAAACAGAUACUUUAUAGCAACACAAGACAGAGAGCUUCAGUCCCACUUGCAGACUAUACCAGGCGUACCACUUUUGUACUUAAAUCAUAAUUGUAUUGUCCUUGAAAAACCAACAGCACUUUCAAGUGAAACUGCUCAAGAGGUCCAGGAUUCAAGAAUAGACCCCACCAGCCAUGAAAAAGAUGUCAUMCAAAAACUCAAAGGAACAUUACCCGAAAAAGAACAAAAUCACAGGAAGAGAAAAAGGCCAGGAGGACCAAAUCCCUUAUCGGUGAAGAAGAAAAAAGUAAAAUCUGAUGGUAAACAAAAAGCAAUAUUGAGUGAACAAAAGAAGAAAAGGGUAAGGAAAAGAAAGAAAGGCAAGAUGGCAGCCCAUGUACUACAAGCCUUAACAGGRCAAAGCUGACAAAUCAUUCUUAUAAGUUCUUUUAUUACAAAUGAAUCAGAAAUGUGAAAAUAAAGUAUUUUUAAAUUA